AUGGAGAGAUAUUUUUUUAAUUUGGAACCUAAGUUGAACAUAACUUUACAUUGUUGUAUUACUGGACUUAAUUGCUAUAGAUUACAAAAUGAAAAUCAAAGGAUCACUGUAGCUAAACCUACUCUUCCAAAUAUUUCGGAUAAUGAUUCAAAAUCAGUAAAUGUUACUAGAAAGAUGCAGUUUCCAAUAAUACUAGUACACUAG